CCUAUGAAAGUCCAUUGGUUCCCUAUUCGAUACUUCAGUCAGUGUGUAUGCCUUCUUCAAAUCUUUGAAUUGAUCUAACACUAAUCCGUUUGAUGAUAGAAUAUCCAUUCUGGCAUUUAUUUUAUUUUGCUGUUGGGUUUGAGUUUGGAGUACUUCUAACUGCUAAUAGCUAUAGAGUGUUGUCAAGUACAGUUAGACGAGUAGCUAAACUUCUCUUUAGCUGGAUUUGCCUGUAUCGGGGCGAAUCCAAAAUUAACCACGAUAACGAUGUCUGGACCAAACGGCGACCCCGACAUCUCAAUUGACGAAAGUAUUAUUGAAGACGACGAUGAAUUCAGCGACGAAGAAUAUGCUGCCAUCAAUACUAUGCUGGAUCAGAUUAACUCCUGUCUGGAUGAUUUGGAGGAACGGAACGAUGCCUUGAAUAGCAAACUACAUGAACUGUUGGAGUCCAAUCGACAAGCAAGGCUCGAGUUCAGGGCUCAGCUGGGUGGUUCUCAUUUAGAGGAGCACGUUCCUGGAGACAAGGACUCCUCUCCACCAAAGAAACCCUAGACGUGGACUCUGGAUAACUAGAUUGACUGAUGGGGUGGAUAGAGCUGGCGUGUGCUUGGUCGGUUAUAGAUAUAACGUACUUAGUCAAUUCAACUCCUCAAUGCAUCUUAAAAGAUUGAUGACACUUAUGUUUGAUCUCUGUACAUCAAUAAUGUCACACAUUUCUGAAGAGGGACCAUGCUUUAUCAUGGCUGCACACUUCAUGAACAUAUUUGAAGCCCUCUCCUUUAUACACAUGGUGUACUGAUGCAUUUCCCAAAAGCAAUGGGGUUCUUCCACUCCUUACAGCCCCUUUAAUAUUUUUCAUAGAGUACAACAUAUCUGGAAUGACUCCACUGUCAUCUGUUGAAAUUCAUGAUACCUGCUGUUUAAAAGCUGGCGUUCCGUGCAUCUAGGCCAUUCCAUUCAGACAUAACUGAAAGGUUAUUUUAAUUUUUAUAGACUUAGUGUCAGCUUCUUGACUAUCCUUGAUUCCAUAGUGUAAGUUCAUUUGAAGUAAUGAACUUACACUAUUCACUUUAUUAUGAAACCUGUUUCUUUGUAGGUUGUUUAAGCAGAUACUUGAAGCAAACUGUGUGAUGUGUAAUACAAGAGUGAUUAAUGCAAGGUAGUCACGUUUUCCUGUUGAAGAUCUCUUUCCAAAAAUAAAAAAAUGAAUGUUAAGGUCUUGAUAAAACCAUAAAAAUAACCCCACCCAUGAAAAGGUUAUAAUAUUAAGUAGAAAGUAUUUAAGUGUGUGAACUGUCAAACAUUUUAAUGUAAAUUAAGAUGACCCUAAAGUGGAAAACAUCCAAAAAUACAUUUAAACUUCCAACAGUUUGAAAAUGUCACUUUUUUUUGGUCAAAUGCUGAAUAAAAGUACA